AUGGCUAAAGCAGCCGUGCUCUUCGGUCUCUCCUGGCUGGCACAGUCUGCACUCGCCAAAGACGUCCAUUUAUCCUGGAAUAUCACCUGGGUCAACGCAGCUCCUAAUGGUUACUCACGUCCCGUGAUUGGAAUCAACGGAGAAUGGCCAUGCCCACAGGUCGAUGUCGACUUGGGGGAUCGGUUAAUCGUGGAUGUGUACAAUGGACUGGGAAAUCAGACGACAGGUAUCCAUUGGCAUGGAUUCCGUCAAUAUAUGACGGGCACGAUGGAUGGGUCGUCAGAUGUCACUCAGUGUCCGCUUGCUCCUGGCAGUAGGAUGACUUAUGAUUUUAUGGCGAACCAAACAGGGACAUAUUGGUAUCACUCGCAUAACAUGGGUCAAUACCCCGACGGCCUACGUGGUCCAUUGAUUGUUCACGAUCCCUUGACUCCGAUUGAAUUCGACGACGAAUUCACCCUUACCUUCACCGACUGGUACAACGAGCAAAUGCCAACUCUCCUGAACAUUUAUCAGUCCGUGGAAAAUGGAAAUGCAAAUGGCGGCUUUGAGCCACUCCCUGACUCAACGCUGAUAAACGACGCAUCUGAUGCCAAGAUUAAGGUCGAGCCCAACAAGACGUAUCUCGUGCACAUUGUCUGUCUGGGCAACUGGCCCGGUCAUACGUGGAUUUUUGAGGGUCAUGACAUGACUGUUGUCGAAGUAGAUGGUAUCUAUACUGUACCGUACCCAGUUCAUGACAAGAAGUUGCGUGUCACAACCGGGCAACGUAUGAGUGUUCUCAUCCGUACCAAGCCUGAUAUCAGCCGCAACUAUGCCAUCUGGGACACGACGGACAUCAACAUGAUGUUUUUCUACGAAAAUCGGGAUAUACCGGCAGGAUUUAACCCUAAUGCUACUGCGUGGCUCGUCUAUGAUGAUGCCAAAGAGCUACCGCCGGCACCAUCCGUUCACAAUCUCGAUCCAAAUCAAGACUUUGUUGACGAUGUGGAGUUUGUUCCUCUUGGCAAGGAGCCACUCCUGGAGCCUGUGGACAAGCAAAUUAUCCUACACACGGGGUCUAGGAAUAUUAAUGGCGUCUCGCGGUUCACUGUUAAUGGCCAGACAUAUAGGGCGCCGGAAGUGCCCACACUAUACACAGCGUUGACGGCAGACGACCCCACAGAUGAGGCAAUAUACGGACAGGUCAACCCGAUGGUCGUAAACUAUGGCGAGGUCGUCGAGAUCGUGAUCAACAACCAUCACGGUAACCUGCACCCGUGGCAUCUGCAUGGGCACCAGUUCCAGGUCUUGCAGCGGUCCGCUGUAGACGGCGGAAUGUUUAACGGGUACUUUGCGAAUAUCUCGUCGACGCCUGUUCAGCGUGAUACUAUCAUGGUGCAGAACAACGGUCACAGUGUGAUUCGGUUCCGUGCUGAUAACCCAGAUAAGUUUUCCAAUGCCUAG